AUGCCCAUGCAAAACUUCUCUCUUCUUGCAGAGCAAGGCCUCUUCCACCAGCUCGCACAAAAUAUUCUGGGCAAUAUAGACAAAGUAUCAGUAGAAGAACUCGUGUCAGGUUAUAAUUUGUUAAUUUUAACAAACAAAAACAAUGUUAAUAAUAAAAUAUUGGCAAAAAUAAGCAUAGAAUUAUCAAGGAAAAUAACGGACACUACCGUAUAUGGUAAUAAAAAUAAUGUGUUAAUUAAUACAUUAGUUAUAUUACUUAAUAAGGAAAACUUAGUGAAUUGUGGGGAAAAUAUGGAAAUAACUGGUGAAGAGUCACCCAAUAAGGAAAUUACUGAAUCUGUAAGUAAUAGUACUCCUAAUAAGGACGUUUCCUCAUACAGUAAUAGUAAUAUUACGGAUAUUACUGCAAAUGGCAAUUUUAAUUAUGAGAAAGUUGUUAAAAGUGCAUUACUUAUUACACAAAGAUGCGAAAGUCUUGUCAGAAUUCUAAUUGAACUUGCAAAUAAUUUCUUAAUUAACAACCACACGGAAGUUUUUUAUUUAUCAAAAAUUAUUCUUUAUGAAUGCAAGAACAUUACCAUAUAUAGUAACAGUGUAAUUAGUGAAUUGUAUUUUGGGCUAGGCUUGUUGAAUUUUAAAAGUACGUUAGGAUACAAUUUCCUAAUUGAGUACAUUAAAAUUGUUAAGAGCAAUAAUUAUCCAGAAAAGGAAAUAUUCCCAAUUGGGAAAAUAGUUGAAAUGGCAGUUAUAUCUGGUUGUUAUGCUAAUGAGAUUUACUCUUUUAACGGGCUGUUUGAGAAUCUGCAAAUUGAACUACCCGAAAAGGUAACAGAAAAGAACUUCAAUGAAAUUUCCUUAAAUGGAAAAGAGUCAAAAUCUCUUUCAAUGGCAGUUGCAAUAGAAAAUGACUUAGCAAAUUUGGCAGUCAAACUUUCUGAAGACUUUGGUGCAGAAAUAACUGAAAUUGUCAAAAAGAAAAUAAUCGUCAUAAAAUUGUUAAAGUAUUUCUUUAACUGCCAAAACAGAAUUGUUAAUCUUAAUGAAAUAUCAGGUGCUUUAUCGUUGCCAGAAAAGGAAGUAGAAGAAAAUCUUUUAACAAUUCUUGGCUGCAAUUUAAUUAAGGGAAAACUUAACGGGAUUUCAAAAGAGUUCACUUUUCACUGGAUAGGCUACAAAUAUUUGAGCAAAAAAGAGAUUAAAACAAUAAGCACCGUUAUUAAUGAGAUAAAGAAAAGAGUUGACGAAAUAGUCCAAGACUUAUAA